CGCUAAUCUUCCUCCUUUACGUCGAAUUAAGAAAAAGAAGGGAGGGGAAGGGGUCUCUCCUUUUUUGCUUUUUCCGACGACGAGCCCCGCCGACGCGCGGACGCCCGGGGAAGCGAGAGCGAGAGAAAGCAGAGAUGGGGGCGUCGGAGACGAGGUUUAUCCAGCAGCUUGUCCUCUACGCCGCGAGCGCCGCCCUGAGCUGUCUCGUCCUCUUCGCCGGCCUCCGGCAGCUCGACCCAAACCGCGCCGCCUCCAAGAAGGCCCUCGAGCAGAAGAAGGAGAUCGCCAAACGCCUCGGCCGCCCCAUGAUCCAGACCAAUCAAUACGAGGAUGUAAUUGCCUGUGAUGUUAUAAAUCCUGACCAUAUUGAUGUGGAGUUUGAGUCCAUCGGAGGCCUAGAAAAUAUUAAGCAAGCAUUAUUUGAAUUGGUUAUCCUCCCUCUACGACGACCUGAAUUAUUUGCCCAGGGCAAGCUUCUAAGUCCGCAAAAAGGAGUUUUGUUGUAUGGGCCACCAGGUACAGGAAAGACAAUGCUUGCAAAGGCUAUAGCCAAAGAGUCUGGAGCUGUUUUUAUCAACGUGAGGAUAUCUAAUCUGAUGAGUAAAUGGUUUGGUGAUGCUCAGAAACUUGUGGCUGCUGUAUUCUCUCUGGCUUAUAAGCUCCAGCCUGCUAUUAUUUUUGUUGAUGAAGUUGAUAGUUUCUUGGGACAGCGGCGCACAACAGAUCAUGAAGCCUUAACUAACAUGAAAACUGAGUUUAUGUCUUUGUGGGAUGGUUUCACCACAGACCAAAAUGCGCGUGUGAUGGUUCUUGCUGCCACAAACCGCCCAUCAGAACUAGAUGAGGCAAUACUUAGGCGUUUCACCCAGGCCUUUGAAAUUGGUAUGCCUGAUCAAAGUGAGAGAGCAAAAAUAUUGAAGGUUAUCUUAAAGGGGGAAAGGGUUGAAGACAUUGAUUAUGAAUACAUUGCCAGCCUCUGUGCUGGUUUCACCGGUUCUGAUAUACUUGAAGUCUGCAAGCAAGCAGCCUACUUCCCUGUCAGGGACCUGCUGGAAGAUGAAAAGAAGGGGAAGCAACGGAAUAGACCUAGGGCAUUGGCACUGUCAGACCUGGUGAAUGCAUUAUCUGCAUCUAGAAAGGCAAAACGAGCAACAAGUGAAUACACAUUUGGCUUGCAGUCACCCCAAUGGUCUAGGCAUAGAGAGCAAGAUGAUGAUCAGGUCCAGAAUGCCAUAUUGGAGAUUUCUAAGCUUGUGUCCCAUAUUGUCGACAGCCAAUCAGAAGCCCAGGACCCUUAGUCUGUUUUUAAACCAUUCUGAAGGUUUUUCAAACUGUGAUGCCUUCACUUUGAGAAUCAUGACAUGUGGAUAUUGCACUCUCAGCAAUUAUAGUCCUGGGUUCGACUUGGAUUCGAAGCAGCUGACUCACCUGUCUUUGGAGACAACAUUCUCAUGGGUUGAGAAGUAUCAUAUUUGGAAGAUGUCCUGGUCCUAAAGCUAUUUUACUGUUUAUCCUUUUGUUUACUUUCGUGAUCAACACACUAAAUCGGGACUAUUUUGUCUUUAGACAAAUAUCCUAGUAGUAAUACAUGUCACGUGGUUGUAGGAGAAGGGAUAACAUACAAACAACAGAAGGAACUUUGGUAGGAGGAAAAUUAUUUAAGAACUUGAACAUUGUUUUGCAUUAUCUAUUUUCCUCAUCUGUGUUUGGGGAGGGUAUCCAUUUGUUCAUUUUCAAUGGAUGUUGUAUGAGCUGUGGACUUAUUGUAUGUUAAGAUGUUAAUGCUCUCUAAAUUAAUUUUAUGUGUCUCAAUAAAGCAUGCUAUUGGAAAAAGCUUUAAAUUUUA